AGGGUCCGGAAGGGAGGGCUGUUGUCCUGGAAGCCCAGUGCCUUCAUGUCAGGCCUGCUGCACCCUCCCUGGGACCCUCGGGCCCUUGGCUUGGCUGAGCCCAGAGGGCUCUGCGGGGUUGUGGGCGUGUCUGCCCCCCAGGUUACCUGUUUGCAGCAUGUUUGUCACCCUGGGACGGUGAUAUUUGGUAGGAACCGAAUACGGCCUUCACGACCACAUGACGGCAGAGAGGAAAACAGUGAGCUUCUGAUCACACAGCCCCGGGCAGGAAGAAAAGAAAACCCUCGCCAGCAAAAAGCAGAAGGAGGAAGAUGAAGGCUCGCGCCCCCCCGCCCCCUGGAAAGCCCGCCACCCCGACCGCGCACAGCGGCCGGAGACCUCACCGCGACGCGUCGCCCGGGCCCCCGCAGAGCCUGCUCGCCGUGAAGGAGGCCCUGGGCGGCGGGGUGCUGGCCAUCACCGUGGUGCUGCCCAGCGGGCUGGAGAAGAGGAGCGUGGUCAACGGCAGCCAUGCCAUGAUGGACCUCCUGGUCGAACUCUGCCUUCAGAACCACCUGAAUCCGUCCAACCACGCCCUGGAGGUCCGCUCUUCAGAAACCCAACAGCCUUUGAAUUUUAAGCCAAACACUUUAGUUGGAACCUUGAAUGUCCACACCGUGUUUCUGAAAGAAAAAGUUCCUGAAGCGAAAGUUAAGGCUGGCCCCCCGAAGAUGCCUGAGAAGACCGUGCGCCUGGUCGUCAACUACCUGCGCACGCAGAAGGCGGUGGUGCGCGUGAGCCCCGAGGUGCCUCUGCAGAACCUCCUGCCGCUCAUCUGCGCCAAGUGCGACGUCAGCCCGGAGCACGUGGUGCUCCUCAGGGACAACGUGGCCGGCGAGGAGCUGGAGCUCUCCAAGUCCCUGAGCGAGCUGGGGAUAAAGGAGCUCUACGCCUGGGACAACCAGCGAGUUCUUCUGACCAAAACGCAAUCGGAGCCCUCCCUGAGCUGCCGAGAAACUUUUAGAAAAUCAUCCCUUGACAAUGAUGAAACAGAUAAAGAGAAGAAAAAAUUUCUGGGAUUUUUCAGAGUUAAUAAAAGAAGCAACAGUAAGGCCGAGCAGAGCAGGCAGCCCGGGGCCGACGGCGAGGAGGACGCCGCCACGUCCACGCGCGGCAGGGGCUCCAGCGGCUGCUCGACAACCCCAAACUCCCCGAGCGUGAAUCCUCGUUCCGUCCCACUGGGUCCGUCCCUCUCGCUCAGCAACAUCUCAGGGGUAUCUGUCAAGUCGGACCUGAAGAAGCGCCGGGCUCCCCCUCCUCCAACCCUGCCUGGAACUGCGCCCCCCGUGCAGGACAAAGCAUCAGUAAAGCUCUCGCUGGGGUCCCAGACGGACUUACAGAAGAAGAAGAGGCGGGCGCCGGCCCCCCCGGCACCCCAGCCCCCGCCGGCCAGCCCGCUGGUGCCCGCCCGCACGGAGGACCAGGAGGAGAACAGGAGGUCCCGGACGGGUGUUGGACGGCAGGUACCACAAAAGCCUCCCAGGGGCGUGGCUCGGGGCCCCCCCCAGUUAGUGCUCCCCCCGCCCCCGCCCUACCCACCUCCCGACACAGAUGCAGCAGAGCCCCUGGACUCCCCUGGGGAUGGCGCUGCCUGCGAGGCCUCCGACCCGAGACCCACACGGAGCCUGCCCCUGGCGCCCGACAGCCCCCGAGGUGUGGGCGGGGUCCCGCCCAUGCCACCGGAGGCGGAAGAGACCGUGUCCGUCGGCAGCUGCUUGGCGUCCGAGGACACCACGGAGGACUCCGGCGUCAUCAGCUCCCCAUCGGACAUCAUCUCUCUGGACUCCCAGCAUGACAGCGCCAAGUCCAAAGAGAAGUGGGCCCCGGACCAGGAAGACUGCAGCGACCAGGACCUGGUGGGAACCCCGGGCCUGGGCCCCCCUCGGAGCCCCUCGUGGGACAGAAGCAGUUCUGAGACCUGGCCUCCCAGAAGUGGAGAAGCUGCACCAGCCUCAGACGAGGGCGAAGACCUGUUUACGGCUGCACGGUUCCAGGAACCCCUCGCAGAACCGGAUGGUGAGCUGGAAGAAAUGGAAGAGAGUUAUGACACCGACUCGAGCUCCCUCACCAGCUCUGUACCCGGUGUGUCCAGUCGCUGCCCACAAGAUGCCGCCAGCCCCAACGGCGAUGCUGAGGCAAUCCCGGUGACGUUCAUUGGGGAGGUUCUAGAAGAUCCCGUGGACUCGGGGUCAUUUUCCAACAGAAACAACAACGCCGGCUCCUUUGACAUGGGGAGCGCGGCCGGCAGGAAGGCCCAGCUGCCCCUGAGCCGAGAAGCAGGGCCCGGCUCCUCUGCCCCUUCCCAGGACCGUGGGAGAGAAAUCAGAGCAGCCUCACCCAACAGCCGGCAGGAUGGGGAUCCCCCAAAAAUGGGGCCCGAAGCAGCUUCGGCGUCGGCGCUUCCCACACACAACCUGAACGGGAAGCAGAAAGACACCGGGCCCCGCGCUACCUGCGGUGGGAGGAUGCCGGCUGCCCGGGGGGAGGACUCGCAGCUCCAAAGGGAGAGGGACGGCGAAGAUAAAAACGGGACCUUGACACCACUGUCCUGGUAUCAAAGAGGCCAGCACCCCAGGGGGAGUUAUGGGCUGAAAUAUGGCCUCACAACAUAUAAAAUUGUCCCCCCAAAAUCAGAAAUGAGAUGUUAUGACCGGGGAGCUUCCUUGUCGACCGGUGCCAUUAAGAUCGACGAGCUGGGGAACCUGGUGAACCCCCACGCAAGCACGGGCAGGACCAUCGUCCCCGCCUCGCCCACCGUGGAAGCAGAAACCCCACCCAUUGGAAAAGUCAAAGAAUUCUGGAGGUCCAGCUCUAUAGAAAAACACUCUGGCUGGCCCACAGAGCGCUCGGCCACGGGGACCCCCACCCCCCCGACGCCCACGAAACCGCAACCUCAGGAAAGCAGACUCAGAUCAGAGCCCACCUCCCCAGACCCCAAAGUGACAGUGCCCCGGCCCCAGGCCACCCAUCCGGAAGAUGGGAGACCUCCAGACGAGGGGAGAAGCAGGCCACCCCAGGCAGCCCCUUGUCCCGUGAAAGUGCCAGCAGCUAACACUGCAGACGUCCCCUUUCUCAAGCCUCAGAGGAGAACGUCCAGUCAGUACGUGGCCUCUGCCAUUGCCAAGCGGAUAGGGACCCCAAAAGUCCACCCCGACGUGGGGAGGAAGCGUGAUAAUGCCCAGAAGACGUGGGAAGGCCGAGCCCCAGAGCGAACUGGACCGCUCUCCCCGUGGCUAGAUGGUCCCUCCCACAGCCUGUGCCCGGACGGGCCUGACGAAGGGGAUUCAGCAGCAGGAGCCCCUCCCGGAAGGCAAGGCAGCUGCCCUCACGGAAAGUCGUCUACUCGAGACUGUCCCGCCGGCACCCACCGAGGUUCCCACGCACCUCUGGGCACGGCUUCCCAGAGGGAGCAGGUCUCUGUAGCACAGAGCUGUGAUCUCAGCGGAAAGCAAAGCACCAGGAACCACAGAUCCAGCUCUGCAUCCGACCCCACGUGCACACCGGGAGAGACAAAGCCCCUGCCACCUUGCUCAGGGGCUGAGCAGACUUCCGGCCGGGCCCUGGUGAAUGGCUCCCGGUGGGUCCCCCUCCACAGUGAGCCUCCUCACCCUCCAAGAGUGUCUGUCACACAUAGCCACCCCGGUCGGGAGCCCCGCACACCGGAGGAAAAGCCCAGUCUGCUAAGCACAGGGGUCCUUGAAGCCGAUGGUACACUGCCAGCCAGCAUCUUUGGGCCAAAGAAGAAAUUCAGACCUGUGGUCCAGAGGCCAGCCCCGAAAGACACAUCCCUGCACAGUGCCCUGAUGGAGGCCAUCCACUCGGCAGGAGGGAAGGACAGGCUUCGCAAGACUCCAGAACCCCGCUCAGAGGGAGGGCCCGGGAAACCAUCCUACAUGGAAGGGGACAGCGAGCGCUCAGCCCUGCUGGCAGCCAUCCGCGGGCACAGUGGCACCUGCAGCCUGCGGAAGGUGACAUCCUCUGCCUCUGAAGAGCUCCAGAGCCUUCGCCAGGCCGCACUGUCUGCGCACGGGUCGGAACCCCCGGGCUUUGAAGGCCCGCCGGCCCCGCCGCCCCUGCCCCUUCUGGCCACCCACGCCCCCACAGCGUCCCGGCCGGUGUCCAGGUCCAGCUCGGGCCCCCCCAGCAACACGGCGGAUGCCCGGCAGGCUUUGAUGGAUGCCAUUCGCUCAGGCUCAGGCGCCGCGCGGCUGAGAAAGGUGCCCUUGCUUGUGUGAAUCAGCGACAAGCUGCGACGGUGGCAGAAACUCCCCCUCCAGAACGCCCUCGGCCACCCCUCCCUAGCGCCCUGCGGCAGGGGCAUCGGGACCUGGCGGGCUCCCCGUCUCCAGGCCAAAACUCACCGCGUGGACUUUCAGCCCCACGUCAUGCUUCAGAGGACAAGGAAGCCGUCCCGUGUGGCUUGUGCCAAGGAAUUGUGUUUUGUCUCUGAAUGUUUAUAAAGUUGCCAAUACUCCAUGCUUGUUGGCCGGUGGGUGGGACUAGAGAAGCUGGAGCCCCGCUGCUUAAUUGCAUCGAUGGACGGAGUGGAAAGAAUCAUGCCUUCGACUGAUAUUGGACCUUCUGAGACUUUUUCCACACGUGGAUGGUGAAGACAGUUUAGUUGUGUAAAAUCAUUUGCAUUCUAGGAAAAUGUGCAAAUCGGGAAACAAUCGGAAGCUUCUCGAUGCUCCCAUAAGAAGAGUCGGGAGGCCUUUUCUAGGGCGACUUUGCUGAGGGAGGCGAAUCUGUUUCCUGAUUCUUCAGACAUCUGGGGGGAACCUCACGGAGGAUGGCAGAUCAGGAGCUGGGCUAUCGAAAAGCAACACGACCGCCCAGAGCGACAGUCGCCCGAGAUACAUGGCCAGGCAGGUCUGAGUUCAGGGCGGUGGCUGAGCUCAGAAGGGUGUUGGCGCCCACAGCCGGUGUCCCCGUGGACAGCUGCUCCCCAGGGGACUGUGACACAGAGCAGGCCUCCCUGACUGGGGCUGAGCUCCCAGCCCUAAGGCUGCCCUGGGAGCCUCGGAAACCCUACGCGGGGCCGAGUGGGGAUGUGGCGAGUCACCUGGAGGUCAGAAUCGUGCUGCUGAUUGGCAGUGGGGGCUUCUUUCUUUGCCCAGCAGGUGGGUGGCCCCUGUGAGUCACACAGCAGCCUUUCCGUAUCACCCGGCCCUCAGUCCUCUGUGUUUAUCGUAGCGUCUGUCAAGAACAGCCGUAGAAGACGCGCUUUAAAAGAAGUCAAGAGGAAGUGACCAAAUAAAGUUUCUUUCUCGAUGAAGCAGCUGGUAUGGUGAGAAUGUGUCUCAGCGAUGCCGGAUCCUGGCGUCCUGUGGAGUGGCGCCCACCCUGCCCGGUCUAAUAAACGCCCUCACCGUCCCGGGCGGCGAGGGCGUCCAGCCAGCCCCUGUUCAACCCUCCACCGUUCGUCUGUUUGUGCCACAAAUAAAAGAACGUGAAAUUGCA